CAGGGCUCGUCAAAAGAGGGCGAGUGAUCGCGAGAGACGCGCAUCUCCGGGUAGACAAUUCCCGAUAAUUCCACGAGGAAGGGGUAGUACAAGUUGCCGAAAGUAGCCCCAGAGAACUCGAAGAGGGGAUAGUCCUUCCCGAGCCCUUAGCAUCCCGCAAACCGUCGAUCUCCAGGGGGAGGAGGAUCUCCGUUGUUCCAUCGGUUCCACUGGGUUCCCGGUCUUGUCAGUGUGCGGUGGAAAAAAUCCGAGAACUCAAGGAGUGGGAUAUAAAAUUGUGGGGUAUCCAAAGGUGAUACAUAUCCGUAAUACCGAAGUAACCAAGUGGUAAGGCCCCAACAUCGGUGCGCCAGUAGAUAGAUAAAAGCCAGCGACUCGAGGCCGCGCCAGUGCGAUUUUAUCGAAGGUCGAGGGUUGGUGGUGUAUCAGUCAGUUUUCAGUGGUAUGAUCAUUGUUACGUGCCUCACCAUUUGAAAAGGAGAAUAAAAAUACUGAGGGAAUCGUAAAAGUACAGAGAUCCAGUAAAUCAACUGUGAAAACCAUUCUCUGUACCAGUCCAUGUGCUCCAACUGAAGAUGCUCAUCAAGGAAUUCCGCGUCACCCUGCCGCUCACGGUCGAGGAGUACCAAGUGGCUCAGCUGUACUCCGUGGCAGAGGCGAGUAAAAAUAACACAGGUGGUGGUGAAGGCAUCGAAGUAUUGAAAAACGAGCCAUUCACGGAUACACCACUGUUGGGAGAUAAAUAUUCGUCCGGACAGUACACAUACAAGAUUUAUCAUCUUGCUAGCAAAGUACCGGCUUUUAUCCGGCUAUUAUUACCAAAGAACUCGUUGGAGAUCCACGAGGAGGCAUGGAAUGCCUAUCCAUACUGCAGGACAGUCAUAACCAAUCCUGGAUACAUGAAGGACAAUUUCUUCAUCAUGAUUGAAUCAUUCCACAUUGCUGAUACGGGAAACCAGCAGAAUGUACACGAAUUAUCUGCUGAUAAACUUAAAGUGCGAGAGGUGAUACACAUAGAUAUAGCCAAUGAUCCAAUAGCGAGUGCUGAUUACAAAGAGGACGAGGAUCCAGCGACAUUCAAGUCCCAAAAAACUGGUCGUGGUCCGCUGGUCGGAAAAGACUGGAAAAAUAAUGUAACCCCUGUUAUGACUUGCUACAAACUCGUAACAUGUGAAUUCAAGUGGUUUGGCCUGCAGACACGAGUGGAGGGUUUCAUCCAGAAAGUGGAGAGACGUUUAUUCACCAAUCUACAUCGGCAGGUAUUUUGUUGGAUUGACCGCUGGCAUGGACUCACAAUGGAGGACAUCAGGGCGAUCGAGGAUGCUACCAAGGAGGAGCUCGAUAGGCAAAGACACGAGGGAGAGGUACGAGGCAUGCGAGCAGACGAUUGAGGUUGCUGUCGAGGCAUCUAGAUACUAUUAAAAAUUGCGUUAAAAAUAAUUCUCCCUUACACCCACCCCGAGGAAAUCCCAGAGAUGAAAAUUACCUAAAGAAGAGAAAAAAUCUCAAUAACAAAUUAAAACUCCCCUCCAUUAUCAGAGGACAGUCUCAACAGAGUAUCUCGUCUUAGAUUCAGUGUCUAUUUCUAUUACUUACGAAUUUAUAAUUUAUUUUACAAUUUACUAAAAUUGAAUGGGAUUAAAAAACUUGAACAGAGUUCUAGAUUAAUGUACCCUAGCAAUCAAUUGAAUUAAACUUGUAUUACCGUGUCACGUGAAAAAUUGAGAAUGGAAGUUGAUUUUGGAGGUGAAUAAUUGGUGGUAUACAAUGAGACUAAUGAAUUGAGCAAAUAAAUACGUAUGACGAGAGAAAAUCAAUUCCACUCUGAAUGAUGAUCAAUGGUAGAUAAUCGACUGUUACGAUUAAUUCAUAGUCUUUCAGGUGAUCAAUGAAAUAUUAACGUUCCUUAAUUGGCGUAAUCAGGCCUGCGAAGUGCUUGUCGUGACUAGAGAGAAUGAAUGGAGUUAAACGAGAAAAUCAUGUGGAUGGAGUGUGAAAAUUGGAGGAAAAAAAAAUUAUUCAUGUUGCCAUUACUUUCGAGAGGAGAAAACUAGCGAAUUAUUGCUUCGUCAAUUGCUUAAAUGCGACUGUAAUCGUAGUGAUUUCAAUAUUUAAUUUCUUAAACAAUUGUUUGAAAGAUUUAAAUUUAAUAAAUUAAUUGGGUCAACGUGCCGCAUAUUUUCAGCCUCAUGAGUCGAGAUGAAAUAGGAAAUUCAGGGAUUAAUCAAUAAUAUCCCAGGAGUGUUGGAACACUCAUGAGUUAUUUUCAUACAAUCACUGAAUUCAGUGUUCGUGAGUCCAUCGAGACGAGCUGCGGACAUUGUGUUGGGAAUAUGAAAGUAAUUAUCACGUUGAAUGAUGAAAAAUUAUCCAUGAAACAUUAAUUAGUCAGUCUCGUGCUGUGUCAAUAACAAUAAACCAAUUAACACUUUGAUGACGUUCGAUGUAGGAUCGAUUUAACCGGAAAACAAUAAAUGAUUAAAUUCAAUCUUAAUCAUCUUUUCGUGAAUGUUUUCACUUCGCGAGUUGCGAAUUACUUUUGAGAGAAAAUAAAUAGAUAAAUUUCAGUGGUGGAGUGAAAAUGGGAAAUCCCUGGGAAUUCGAAUUUGACAUUCUUAUCGAUUUAUCUCCGGAACUAUCAAUUUCAGCUAAAAACGCUUCCAGGCUUUUUCAGAGACAAUUAAAUCGUCAAUAAAAAUCGUCUUUUGACAUUUUCCUCUGAAACCAACAGUUUUGAAGAUACAUCGAUGUUUAAUAGAACUGUAAAAUUCCAAUUGUCUCACUUUAUGGCUUCGUUACUGAAGUUAAUUGAUAAUUCUUCAACGUUACAAUAAUCAUCGAGUGCCGAGGCUACUUUACCGUAUUCCUGGUUGUUUCAGUCUACCAUUAACGAUAAAAAGUGAAUAAAAACCCAAGAAAAAAAGCAAAUGUAUUAUUCUAUAAAUGUAAAUGAGUAGCAUCAAGAAAACACGGAAAAACUCGAAAAAAAAAAACGUAAAACAUUAAGAAGUUCUAGGCGAUUAAAAUUAUGUGGAGCAAGUAGAGGAUUGCGGGGCGUCGUUGUACAUAAUAUGUGGCAUACAAUGAAAUUCAAGAUGGGAUGGAAAUGACAUUUCGAUUAGCUUCGCUUGCAUUCCGAACGGGAGAGUGCUGUACGAUUCACCAUGGGUAAUUCAAUAACAAAGUGGUAAAGUGAUUUAUCUCGAAAACAGUGAAUUCAGGAGAAAAACACCGAAGGACUUUUUUGUAGUCAAUUAAACACCAGACAAAAAAUGUCUCUUGAUAUUUCUUCCUAAACUCAACACCUUUUGGAUAAAUCCGAAUGUAAGAAAAUCCAAUUAUCGAAUCAUUCGAAUUAUCUCAUUUUACCUCUUUGGAUGCUGAAGUGACAUUAAUGAGAUCUCAACUUACGAUAUUAGUGUUAAUCCAGAUGAUUAGUCACCCCGAAGAGUCCUGGUGACUCGACAAGAUGAGAGAAUAAUUAGUGGAGGUUUUAGAGUCCAACCGGUCUAAUGGCAUAACACAAUAGUUGUAGUGAUACUGGAGGAUCAUGAAAAAAUAGGAUAAGUGCACACAUGUACACGAUCAUUAGAUCCGGUUUAAUUGUCUUUUGCACAAAACAAUUAUGAUGGACUGGAGGUAACAGUGGGGACCGUAUCGGUACCUCUCCAAGUGGUACGAUCAAUUUGAGGCAGUGCUAUAUGAUUUCGAUAAAUUUCCACUUUUCAUUUAUUUUAUUUACUUAUCAAUCAAUCCAGAAACCCGAGAUACUGAAAAUUCAUUAAAAAAUACUGAUCUCUAUAUCGAUGGAUGAAUAACAGAUUAAUGCAUAAUGAUUUUUCGAAUCGAAUUUUUAUGGAUAAAAAACAAAAAUUUAGUAAUGAAGAUUGAUAUAAAAUUUGGGCAUUUUCGUUUGUCUGUUAUUAAAUUAUCGGUAUAAUUUAUGUGGAGAUCAGUACGUGAAGUCGAUCGUUUUCUCUAGAAUUGAAUUUCACUGUGGCCGGUAUGUUCCAAUUACCAAUGUCCUAAAAUUAGAUUUAUCUGAAUAGAUAGUUUAGAAAUUCGUUUCUGAGGAUCGAGAGAAUUGAGGGAAUAAACUGAUAAAUUGAAUAACUUAGGUAUGAAAAUUGUGGGGUCGAGUCACCCAACGCUGCCAAAGGGCCGAUGAUAAAUUAACGUUUAAACCAAUUUUGAAAGGAUUCCCUAGAGUCUCGCGUAUGAAUAUGUAUGUAUAUAUUUAUAUAUAUGUAUGUAUACGUAUUUAAGCUGAGUUGUGAGGAGUGAGGAAAUUAUAUAGGCUAUAAUGUCAGUGAGGUGGUCAUGAGACUAAUAAAAAUCGAUGAAUAUACUGCGUA